AUGACUUACGUAAAUACCGUUUUCACGGAAGACUCGUUGGAAGUGCAGGCUUCAGAGUUUGCAACCUAUGUCUCGAAACUUAAAGGAGAACCCGAGGAACAAAGUACCUUCCUAAUAGAAACCACAAGUCUAAUCAAAGAGAAUAAAAAUGAACAAGUUUUUCAAAAAUUCGCCGACGAAACGAUUAUAUUAUUGGACGCACCCGAGAAAGAUUUUGAACCACUUUUUAAUCUUCUUAUUGCAAUUUUAAAAUCCGCUUCGCCCGAAACACACCACGAUUUGAUACGAAAAACGAUUCAGACAUUUGUGGAUGACAAAAAUGAAAAAGCAAUUCUAAAACUAAAAGCUCUUCAGAAUUUAUACAACACAUUGGAAAACACCUCGCCACUACGAUAUUAUACAUUUCUAGCGAUACUCGAAAUAGCAGCAAAAAAUGACGAGAUUGAUACCGUAAUACCACAGUUGUCACGCUUAGAUACCUGGGUUCGAGAGUGGGCUAUUUCGACGGAGCAAGUCAGGGAACUGUACCUAAUAGUAUCAGAAAGAUUGAAGGAGGCUGCAGAAAUUAUAAAAUCUUACGAGUUCUUAUUGAAAUAUCUAGCAACCUUUAAUGAUUCUAAUGAUCUCAAAGCUACUAAAGAAGCGGCAACACGUGCCAUUGUUCAAGCAAUAAGAUUACCAGAAAUUUUACGUUUCGAAGAUUUACUAGAAUUAAAAGCCAUACAAUCCUUAACGGAAGAAAAAAUAUUCGAGCUACUGCGUGUUUUCCUGAGCGGAACAUUAAAGGAAUAUCGAGAAUUUAUAGGGAAAAAUCCUGGAAUCAUUGAACAAUACGGAUUAUCGAAUGAGGAGAAUAUUCAAAAAAUAAGGUUACUCACUUUGGCUUCUUUGGCUUCGGAACAUGUGUCUCGUCAUGUCUCGUAUAGUACAAUCGCGAAUUCAUUGGAGAUUAAUGAAGACGAUGUAGAAAUGUGGACCAUUGAUGUCAUUCGAGCAAAUCUCAUUGAAGCGAAAAUAAACCAAGUUACCAAAACGAUACUUGUCAACAGGUCAACAUAUCGCACAUUCACCACAGUUCAAUGGCAACAACUGUCCGAGAAACUCGGAGGAUGGAGACAAUCGCUUGACGAUAUACUUCAAGUGAUUGCAAAUGCCAAAUUAAUGGCGCAACAUGCUAAUGUUAACGCCAAUAUUGCUGCCGCUACCGCAGUUACUAAUGAUGGAGGACCUCUCUCGUUCCAACUACCAUUAUCAGCAUUUAUGGUGCAAAAACGUAAAAACCGGAGACCCACCACCACGUAUCCGACCACAACUGACGAUUCUGAGGAUACCGGCGAGAUAACUGACACUUCAACUACAACUACCGCCACUCAAGCGACCGUUACUAGUCAAAAUCCUCCGACUCCCACCACCUCGCACCCUCCAACCUUUCCAAAGUCAAAACAACCUGUAAAGCAGGGAAUAGGAAAACAGCCUUCCUUUAGUUCCCACUCGCGACGAAAGAACAGUGCAUCGCCUGAAGACGUGGAACAAAUUGUCAAUGAAACAUUCUUUUUAAAGCAUGAAGAGCCAAAAACCUUUCUAACACGAAAACGUGUUGUAUUCACCGCUGGGCUCUUAUUUGGUUUGGCAAUAGCCUGGGCCUUUACUGAACCGACUACCGUUAACCAAUUUCAAAAUUUAUCAAGUUUCAUUGCCGGUUCGCUACAAGAUCUUGACUUCACCAGUAUUUUACCGGCGAAUAUUUUGGUCGAGGAAUUGCUAGGGAAUGUUACCAUGUACUUAAAGCCGAAUAUAUUGGAAGAUACCGAAUUCAUGCCCGGCUUAAAGCUGGCUGAAAAAGGGCUCAGAGCGAAAUUUCCGGUAAUUUUAAUCCCAGGAAUCGUCUCCACGGGAUUAGAGAGCUGGAGCACUUCUAACUGUUCUCAAAAGUAUUUCCGAAGACGAAUGUGGGGUACCACAACCAUGUUUCGUGCCGUUCUGCUGGAUAAAGAGUGUUGGAAGGAACACAUGAAAUUAGAUCCAUCAACAGGAUUAGAUCCUCCGGGAGUUAAAUUACGUGCAGCUCAAGGUCUUGAUGCUGCUGAUUACUUGUUCCCUGGUUAUUGGGUAUGGGGCAAGAUGAUUCAAAAUUUCGCUGCCAUCGGAUAUGAUUCUAAUAACAUGCAUUUGGCUGCGUAUGACUGGAGAUUAUCCAUAUAUAACCUGGAAGUGAGGGAUAAAUAUUAUAGCAAACUUAAAAGCAACAUAGAAAUGUUCAAAAAGCUGGAUGGACAUAAAAGUGUAUUGGUUGGACAUUCGUUAGGAUGCACGGUCGUAUUAUAUUUUCUUAAAUGGGUUGAAUCCCCACUGGGUGGAAAUGGUGGUCCGAACUGGGUAAAUGAUCAUAUUGAAUCCUUUGUAAAUAUUGGUGGUCCUCUAUUGGGGGUCCCGAAAGCUUUGUCUGCUCUCCUUUCCGGUGAAAUGAGGGAUACAGUAGAAUUGGGAGCUUUUGGAAUUUAUGUUCUCGAACGUUUCUUCUCAAAACGAGAACGCGCCGAACUUUUCCGAACAUGGGGAGGCCUUGCAUCUAUGCUUCCAAAAGGAGGCGAAGCUAUAUGGGGAAAUGCUACACAUGCGCCUGAUGAUAAGAAGUAUGAAGAUCCAAAUAAAAAAGAAUCAUUUGGACCGAUGCUGACGUUUAGAUCAUUCCCGCGAUUUAUUAAAAACCUCACCAAAUCUUCGCCUAACAAAUCAUCAGCAUCCCACGAUGGUCCUCAACUCGUGCAUCAUCACACCAGCACCGCGGUCGUGACCUUCCUCCAACAGCAUGCAGACAAAUUAUUCAAAAGAAUGUUAUCCACAAAUUAUAGUUUUGGUCUCGCUGAGAAUAAAGGAGAUUUUCGUGACAAUGUUGAUCAUACUAAAUGGUCGAAUCCGCUGGAAUCCCAACUUCCAUAUGCACCAGAUAUGAAAAUCUAUUGUCUAUAUGGAAUAGGAAAGGAGACAGAACGUCGUUACUUUUAUUCACAUGAUGGGACGGGAACGAAUAGCGAGUGUGACGGAUGUGACAAGGAUGAUCAGCAGGAUUCGAACGAGGAUAGACGUGAUUGGAACGUAUUUAUUGAUAGCACAAGAAAUGCUGAUGAUCAAGGGGUAAAAAGCGGAGUGCACAGUGGAGAAGGCGAUGGCACAGUUCCACUUAUAUCUUUAGGUUAUAUGUGUGUCAAAGGCUGGCAAAACAAAUUAUACAACCCAGCCGGAAUAAAAGUAAUUACUCGGGAAUUUGUACAUUCUACUGCACCAUCCUUGGAUCUUCGUGGUGGCUCAAAAACAGCAGAUCAUGUUGAUAUUUUAGGAAAUUAUGCAGUCACAGAGGAUGUUUUACGAGUCGCAUCUGGUUAUAGUGACUCACUCGAGAACGAGAUUCAUUCCGAUAUCGAGACAUAUGCAGAACGAGUUGAACUUUGA